AUGAAGUUCUCCACCGUUCUCGCCUGGGCCUCGUUGGCUUUGGCUGCCCCUACCCACCCUGCCAUUCAAACACGCGACGACAACGCAUUGUGCAAAAUCUAUGGCAAGGUUUACAAGCUCGAAGAACUUGUCUAUUCCUCCAAGGUUAAGAUUGUGGCAGCGGUGGAGGCCUCUGUGCCUGACAAUGCAGCCAAGACUGCCGCUGCCAUUGAGAAGGAACUCGAAACGAUCAACACUGCCAUCUUGAAAGUGUUUGGCACCACCAAAGGCGAGAUUGCGAUUUGCUGGCCCGCUCUGCAACAGGAGGAGGAACCCGACGUCUUCACAUGUUUCCUAGAAAUCUGCUCCUCUACAGCCCAAACCUCCACCGACUUGCAAGCCAUCCUGGACUCCAUCUCCGGCCUAUCAGCUGACGUCCGAAAAGCUCUGGGCGAACAAUUGGGCCUCUUGAGGUUCCUGACCGCGCCGGCCCUCGAGUCCAUUCUGGGCCAUUGCAACAAGUUGACCGAGCAGUGCCCAGUCUAA